AUGGAACCAGAGAAUGAUACUCAACAUUUAGAAUUCCUUCUUCUGGGACUUGCAGAGGAUCCAGAACUACAGCCCCUCAUCUUUGGCCUUUUCCUCUCCAUGUACCUGGUCACUGUGCUGGGGAACCUGCUCAUCAUCCUGGCCACUAUCUCAGACUCCCACCUGCACACACCCAUGUACUACUUCCUCUCCAACCUCUCCUUUGUGGACAUCUGUUUCACCUCCACUACAAUCCCCAAGAUGCUGGUGAACAUCCAGACACAGAGCAAGGCAAUUACCUAUGCAGGUUGCAUCACUCAGAUUCACUUUUUUGUACUCUUUACUGGGUUGGAUGAUUUCCUUUUGACUGUGAUGGCCUACGACCGGUUUGUGGCCAUCUGUCACCCCCUGCACUACAUGGUCAUCAUGAACUGCAGGCUCUGUGGAUUKCUAGUUCUGAUGUCCUGGGUUGUGAGUGUCUUACAUGCAUUUUUACAAAGCUUAAUGAUAUUGCGUCUGUCCUUCUACCUGAGUCCUGCAGGGAAAUCAGGUGCUUAG